AUGUCGGACGCUUGGGAGGAGAUUCAAGCUAUUAAGAGCAAACGAAACAUCCUUAGGGAGCGUCUCGAGAAGCGCAAGAAGGAGCGCCAGGAUAUCUUGGGGUCGAGUCUCAACUCGUCUACGUCGUCGCCGGUGCACCUAGCCGACAGCCCCCAUGCCUCCACCGCCGGUAGCACCAACGACGAAUCAAAAAGCAAGCAAGACGAGGCGGAAAUCGACUUGGUUAAAAUCGACCCGGAGCUAGAAAAAGAGCUGCUCAAAGCCCUGAGUGAAGUGACCCUUCAAAUCCCCACAACGUCCACCAAACUGGUUGAUUCGGUGAAAGCCAACUUGAAUCGACACGCCUCACAUAAGGAAGUGUGUAAUUUGUUACAAAAAUUCUCCACACAGAAGUUAAUAACCAUCAAAGACUUAAUCAAAGAUGGGAAAAAUACAGUCGAGGUGACUUUCAUUGACGUGACUAAGGUGAACGCUAUGAUUGCGGAGUUCGCCCCUGAGAAGACUGAGCGUGACGGGAAGGAGAAUUUGAAACGAAAAAGGGACGAAAAUGAGAAGACUGAGGACGAAGAGAGGCGAAAAAAGGAGAAGAAGGAGCCGAAAGCAGACAUUAUGUCGUUGCUAUCAAUGCCUUCAACGAAAGAAAAAGAGAGCAAAAAGCUCGGUGAAGAAAUUCUCGAUUUGUUAAGCAAACCGACUGCAAAGGAGCGUUCUUUGACCGAGAGAUUUCGCUCCCAAGGGGGCAAACAACUGAUGGAGUUUUGCCCCCACGGCACCCGCACCGACUGCGAGCGGAACGGCAUCACCGAAUGUAAGAAGUUGCACUUCAAAAAAAUCAUCCAGAAGCAUACGGACGAAGCCCUGGGUGAUUGUUCCUUCCUCAAUACGUGCUUUCACAUGGAUACUUGUAAAUAUGUUCACUAUGAGGUGGAUCGUUGCGGCCAGACUGAGGGUGUCGCCCCCACGACGACUGCCAUUUCCGUCGCUCCGAAAGAAAGCACGACUUUGUACCCCCCUCAGUGGGUCCAGUGCGAUUUGCGCUAUCUAGACAUGACAGUAUUAGGGAAGUUCGCCGUGAUUAUGGCGGACCCACCAUGGGACAUCCACAUGGAGCUUCCAUACGGGACUAUGUCAGACGACGAGAUGCGACAAUUGGGGAUUCCACAACUCCAAGACGAAGGACUGAUUUUUUUGUGGGUGACAGGGCGUGCGAUGGAGUUGGGGCGCGAGUGUUUAAAACUAUGGGGGUACGAGCGAGUGGAUGAAAUAAUCUGGGUGAAAACCAACCAGUUGCAGCGGAUAAUCCGCACAGGACGCACCGGUCAUUGGUUGAACCACGGUAAAGAGCACUGUUUAGUCGGGAUGAAAGGCAACCCCAAAAAUCUAAAUCGGGGCUUGGACUCCGACGUGAUCGUCGCAGAAGUGCGCGCCACCAGCCACAAACCCGACGAGAUUUACGGAAUGAUCGAGCGCCUGUCCCCCGGGACGCGCAAAAUCGAAUUAUUCGGGCGCCCCCACAACAUCCAGCCCAACUGGAUCACCCUCGGCAACCAAGUGGACGGGAUCAAGCUCGUCGACGCCGACUUGAUCGAGAACUUCAAGAAGCGCUACCCCAACGGGAACUGCAUGGGCCCCCCUAGCGAGACCGCUCACUAACUGUUUUUGUUUAUCGAGUGAUCCGCGACUUUUGACUUUAUUCACGUCGGUUUAGUGAGUUUUGUCGCGUGCGGUUGGUGGCGUCGAUCAGCUGAUGCGAGUGACAGACGUCAGAAUUUACAAUCAAAAUGGCGUCGGGGAGUUUUUAGACAAAGGAUCGUUCCAAUUAAGAGAAAAAAGAAUAAAUUGUUUGAUUUGUUGA